AAUGUCUGCUAAAGGUAAAAAUAAGGCCAAGGCAUUUGCAACAUUGCCUAAUGCAGUACCAACCUCAUCUACAAAAAUACAUGAAGGUGCUCUUGACAAUUCAAAUUAUGUGCUUGCUCAAAUGAAAAAUGGAAAGUGGGAAAAGGCAAAGAUUAUUGAAUGUAGAUUAUCAAAAGGUAUUUUGGAUUUAUAAUAAUUUAGAUUAUGAUCCAAAAUAAAAGAAAGUUGAUUCAUCUUAUGAAUAUUAUGUGCAUUAUGAAUUUUAUAAUCGAAGAAUGGAUGAAUGGAUAGGAAGAGAACGUAUUUAAUUAACAGAGGAACCAAUAAUUGAAGAUACAUAACCUAAGAAGAGACCUAGACCAAGUGAUAAAAGAGAAGUGACAGCAGAAAAUGAUGAACAUGAAGGAAUGGAUCAUCAAAGUCUAAUAACUCAUGAAAUGCAUACUAAAUUUAAAACUAUUGAGAAAAUUGAAUUUGGAUAAUAUCGUUGUGAUACUUGGUAUUAUUCUCCAUUCCCUUCAGGAUAUCAUAAUAUAGAUUGUCUUUUCAUUUGUGAAUUUUGUUUGUCUUUUUACAUAAGGAAAUCUGAAUUAUAGAGACAUCAAUUGAAAUGCGUUUUAUGUAAAUUAGGUCAUCCUCCUGGAGAUGAAAUGUAUAGAGAUACAGAAAGAAGACUGUCAAUGUUUGAAAUAGAUGGUCAUAAAAAUCCAACUUAUUGUGAAAAUCUCUGUUAUAUUGCUAAAUUGUUUUUAGAUCAUAAAAAUCUUUAUUAUGAUGUAGAACCUUUUUUAUUUUUUGUACUCACUGAAUAUAAUGAAACUGGAUUUCAUAUAGUUGGAUAUUUUAGUAAGGAAAAAGAAUCUUCUCAAGGAUGGAAUUUAAGUUGUAUUUUAACAUUCCCAUUUCAUUAAAGGAAAGGUUAUGGUAAGUUCCUUAUAUCAAUGAGUUAUCAAUUAUCAUUAAUUGAAGGAAAAUAUGGAACCCCUGAAAGACCACUAUCUGAUUUAGGUAGAGAAAGUUAUCUUUCAUGGUGGACAUAAUCUAUCAUUGAUUAUUUGAAAAAGAAUAAAGAUGGAGAAAUUACUAUUGCAGGAUUAACUAAAGAGACUGGAAUCAAGGAUACAGAUGCUUGGUGGACAUUAGAAUAGAAACAUUUGAUAAAAUAUUAAUAAUCCUAGCCUCUCAUUUGCAUGGAUAUGGCCUAUUUAGAUCUCAUAUAUUCUAAAGCAGGUAGACCAGGUCUUCCUGUUAAAAAAGAUUGUAUUCAUUGGGUUCCCUAUAAGAGACCUAAAGGUUAAGAUAAGAAUUGA